AGGAGGAGGAGCCGACGGCGAUGUCGAGGCAGCUUCGAGGCGAACGAGACCACGUGAGCCGCGACUACCAGGAGGGUUACCUCGGUGAUUUUCGGGACUUGCGCGACCUCAGGGAUUUUAGGGACUUCCAUCGUGACACCCUCGACGAAAGGGACGGCGAGGGACUGCGGGAGAGGCCCGCCACUGGCAGGACGACUUAUCGGGACGACUAUCCGGAAGAAUACGAUCAUCGUCCCACCGCUGCGUCCACCUCGGCAAAUCUUACCAACAACCCGGGAAAAUUAAACGGAAGAGUCACGCUGCAUGAGAGUCGCAACGAUCUGCAGUUAGUGAAUCUGUGCGUACCUACAAGAUCGGCGAUCGUUGUAAGUAGAUUAAUCGUGAUGCUGCUCGACGCAACUUGACGCUUCAAAAUAAUAAAAGUCUAAAUAUCUAUCACGUGCAACUGCACAGCACUGCGUUGGUCGAUAUACGAAUUUGCUUCUGUCUUAUUCGCACUUCUGUAAAUUGUCACACACCUUUCUAAUAAUAAGAGAGAGAACAACUGAAUCACUCUGGCACGAUUUUUGCAGUCGUAGAUUAUUUGCUUCACCUAUUCAUUAUAUCGAUUUUACACUUUGGUAAAUGAAAAGAUGCAUAUCAUCAUACGCAGUCAACAAUUGACUGUUUUAAUUCGCUUUUAGUGCACUUAAUGGCGAAAUUCUUUGUCGAUGGAAUGCAUCUCGAAGCUGAGAACGAUGCGUACUAAACAAAAAGUACACAAACGAUCGGUCUACCGCGAUGGCAUCGCCUUAAUUCGCCGGGAAGGAAAGAAUCGCCGCAAACGUGAGUCGCGACAAUGGCGUUAACGAACCUCUAAAGUGUCCAAAAAAAGAAAGUGUUACAGAUAUUGAAAGUUUAUUGCAGCACUGAUAUUUCAUAUCAAUUAGAAUAUAGAUUGCAUUAAUAAUGUAGAUAAUAUUAUAUUUAGUUCAAAUUUAAAUGCAUCUAAAGAUUUACUGUUCUGCUUUGGUAAAAAUGAACAGAUAGUUUUAUAAAAUAUAUAUUUGUAUUUUGUAUAU